AUGAAUUGCCUCAAGGCACCAUCUGUGGUUAUUUGCCGUCUCCGUCGACCGAUUGAUGAACUCCGUGUCUUAAGUAAGAAGUACUCAAUAAAUGUACGCUGGUGGCCUACUCUGCAAAAUCCGUGGGAGGAAAAGGCGAACAGCCAAGCAUCCGAACUAAAUGUUCCAAAAAUAUCUUACGAAUCAUCAAAAGAAGACUUCAAAUGGGUUAAAAAGGUCAUCUCUGAUGGAGCCAUCCCACUGCCGCGGGUAGACCUACAGGUCCCUACUCCAAGUGGCUGGAUUCCCCCUAACCCCGAAGUUUCCAAAAGUUAUCCCUACUCCGUGAGAAGGUCAAGGAACCACAUGCUCCCAAUCUAUUUUGAAGAGAAACAUCGAAAGGUCGCUGAGCGCUCCCAUGGCACAAGGUCACUAACUGUGAUUAAAAAUGUUGACGGUGAUAUGUGGGCAUUAGCGGAAGACCUGCGUACUCUGCUGGAACCCAAAUGUGACGGCGGGCUUUUUCUAUGCCAAGUCGACGAAGCAACAAGACGACUCCGAAUUGAAGGAAUCUUUCUAGAGGAGGUCGCACAAUUUCUUAUCAGCCGUGGAUUCUAA